AUGCAUCUUAUUCUUCUUAGGCAUUGCUCAAGGGUAGAUAAAGCUUAUAGAGAAUGUUCAAGACCAGCGUCCCCUUCCAGUUAUGAUGAUCAGGUUUCACCAUCGACAUCAUGGCUUGCAAAUUUUGACCCACCGGUCGAUCUUCUGUUGGCAGAUAAGGAAAUGGAUGCCGCAGUGAGGAUGAUGUCUUCUCACAUUGCACCCCAACAUCCAUCGAAAAGACUCCGGAUACUCAUCCACUGUUCUCCAUACAACAGAUGCAUACAGACGGCCGAGAUGCUUCUUUCUCGGCUUGAGCAUCAGCCAGAGUUCAACCCCGCACACUGCAGAGUGACACACAGGCUUCGUGUAGACCAAGCUUUGUCAGAAUGGCUAAACGAGAGCUUCAACCUAAAUUUCUUACCACCAAAUGACGACGGCUACUCGAUGAUCAACAACGUCAAUAUCUACUUGACAUCGCCGACGGUAAACUUUGGUAUGGACAGCCAGAUCGCCAAGUGGAAUAAACAGCAUGAAAAAACACCCGGGACGCCUCCACCUCUUAAUCCAACUACUAGAACCCAUCUUAGGAGCAUAAAAGAUUCAACUUGGAGUUAUAACGCUUUGGGCCACUGUGGAGAUUACGGAGAGCCGCCUCUGGAGUUUAAACAACGGUGUUUCGACUACCUGACAACAUUGCUGCAGCAUUAUUACACCAGACAGCCUUACAGUGCCGAUAAAGACACCGUUCUCAUCGUUAUUUCGCACGGUGCAGUCAUAUCAACUCUUCUGCAGAUGCUUCUCAACAGGCCUAUCUUCAAUGAGAUCCCACUUUGCACACCGGUUUACUUCAAACAGUCCGAAUGUCGGAGAACCGUCUUCUCUCUCAUGGAUUAUGACUUCAACCUCAACAAAAUUCUUACAUUCUCAUCUGACCGCGAGCUCUACCGCCUUCUCAGCACUCCGAUCGACAUGAGUAUGAUUAGAUUCGAGGACUCGUCUAAUGAGCUUGCCACAAUCGGCACAGCCAAGUACACAACAAUCAUCCAAUCGCCAACUAGGCCAGGCCGGGCUUCCAGACCUCAUUCGAGAAGGAAUUCACUUUCUGCAACAAACUCACGAUCCAAUUCAAGAAGGAAUUCAUUCUCCGGAACAAACAGCCGGUCCCAUUCGAGAAGAAACUCCAUUUCCAGAACCAGCUCCAGGAAUAGCGACAGUUCUAGAAAAGGCUCAUUUUCAAGAAUCUCUCCUCAACCUCAGUCAUACGGUAACUUGGCAACAAGUGGUAGGGGACUAUCUCGGUCAAAUUCGAGGCAGAACCUUGCCGAUUUGUCGCGAUCCGGCUCUCGGCUCAACUUGGCGGGCUUAUCGCGAGGCAAUUCGACUGCUAGUAAUCUUUUUGGACUGGAGCAGCGUUCUGGAUUGGUCUCCAAACCAUCAGACAAACCACAGCCAACAAUUUUUACAUUAGAGACUCCAUUUUCAAGCCGUGGUUUGGGGACAAAGACCAGGAAAAGAAGAAGCAACACAAUUAGCAUGGGAUCAAGUGUGAAGACACCAGGCACAGAACAGUUGGAUGAGUAUGAAAAAGACUCGCUUAGACAAACACACUCAUCGAGGCAAUUACAUCUUAUGAAUCAGGAAAGGAACGACAGUAGAACUUAUGACUUGAACAAAUUGGCCAGCUACUUUGACGACUAUUCAGACUACGAUUCGGAUAGUAGCUUUGGGUCCCAAUCAAGCACCAAUUCGAGUGAUUACGAUGCUGAGGUUGACACGAAGGGACUAUCCAUAGCCUCUGUUCCUCGGAUUCCAUCUCUUGCGAGCUUGAAUUCACUCAAAAACACAAACAGUGCUGCAAACUCCAUCAGAGGAAUGCUUGUUGACCCAACGGCCACAUCGGCGCGUCGAUCUUCACUUGCUUCUGCGUUUCUUCAGGAGCUUUUGGGAGAUAGUCCUCUUGGGGAGGAUGCUGUCGGUAAUAUUGAUAAUGACUUCAGUCCAAAAUCCACCCAGAUGGCUCGUGGGUCGGAUUUCUUUUCUGGAUCACAGGGAAGUGUCAAGGGCCGAAACAAUUCGCUUUCAACAGCUGAUUUUGAUGCUGCAGUAGGUGCACUAAAUGAAUUCAACGGGGAAGAUAUUGAUCUGCGUGGUGCAUCGCCAGAUGAGCCCGGCGUUCUUUCCUUUGGGUUUGGAGCACAUACAAAAUCAUCUUGUGGAUCGCAGAAGGAUGGCGACGGAAUUAUAGAAGGAACCUUCACGAAGAUGAAGUUCAAUUCGAAGGAUGAAGAUAAAAGUACGCCCGAAAAUGGAUCUAUAAGCACAUCCUUAGGAAUGGAGAAUAACUCUGAGAUCAAACUGAUAUCCACACUUUCAAAGGUAAGGAGUAACUCCAAAAAUUCCUUGAAGCACAUACUUUUCUCUGAAGACUCUGGUAGUGGAGACGAGAGUGAAUACAAUGUGGAAGAGGAGGACAGCUGGUUUGGCUUUAAUUAG